AUGGCUUAAAUUAGCGCAAUUUUGGAUCAUUUAAAUAAUUCAAUAAUGUUGAAUCAGGUAAAUCCAUUAAUCCAAAGUAUCCUUAAAAUCAUCCAAAAUUAGUAGAAGAAUUAAAGAAACUUACUAAAUCAGAUCCAUUGGCACUUUGUAUAACAGAAGAUACAGAGAGUAGCAUGUGAUAGCAGGAUGUGGUAAAUUACAUGUUAAAAUAUGUUUAAAUAAUAUAGAGAAAGAUUUUGCAAAUAUUGAAAUAAUAAAAUCUAAUCCUAUAGUAUCUUAUAAAGAGAUAGUUUCAGGUACAUAAAAAAUAGCUUGUAUGUGUAAAUCAUCAAAUAAUCUUAAUAGAAUUUAUGCAUAAGCUGAGCAACUUCAUGAAGGUCUUCAAAGUACAAUAGAAAAAGGAGAUGUAGAAGCAAAAGAUGAAAUCAAAAGAAGAGAUAAAUUAUUAUAAGAAAAAUAUGAAUAGGAUGAGGAUGAUGCCCUGAAAAUAUAGUCCAAAUAUAUUGAUGUAAAAAACACAGAUCAUACCUAUUGA